UUGUUCUACUUGAGCUCAAUGGCUGCAGUACUGUAUUCAGUGAGAACUGAGGAACAAAUCACUUUAAGCAGAAACCGUGAACAAAGAGUCCUCAAAGCUUUCGGACGCAGAUGCAGCGAUCUUCUGAGGAGAGGGGAGCAGUUCACGCAGGAAUAUCUGGAGGAGUAUCAUCUGGACUGAGAUCUGCUGCUGUGAAGAUGAUGUUUGUUAAAGAGCAGAGUGAAGAGAACACGAUUGAACCAGAAACCUGGAGAAUAAAACAGGAGGGACCAGAAACCCGAAGAAUAAAACAGGAUGGACCAGAAACCCGAAGAAUAAAACAGGAGGGGCCAGAAACCUGGAGAAUAAAACAGGAGGGACCAGAAACCCGAAGAAUAAAACAGGAGGGACCAGAAACCCGAAGAAUAAAACAGGAGGGACCAGAAACCCGAAGAAUAAAACAGGAGGGGCCAGACACCUGGAGAAUAAAACACGAGGAACCAGAAACAUGGAGAAUAAAACACGAGGAACCAGAAACCUGGAGAAUAAACCACGAGGAGCCAGAAACCAGGAGAAUAAAACCCGAGGAGCCAGAGACCCGGGGAAUAAAACCCGAGGAGCCAGAGACCUCGAGAAUAAAACCCGAGGAGCCAGAGACCUCGAGAAUAAAACCUGAGGAGCCAGAAACCUUGGGAAUAAAACCCGAGGAGCCAGAAACCCAGAGAAUAAAACCCGAGGAGCCAGAAACCCAGAGAAUAAAACCUGAGGAGCCAGAAACCCAGAGAAUAAAACCUGAGGAGCCAGAAACCCAGAGAAUAAAACCUGAGGAGCCAGAAACCCAGAGAAUAAAACCCGUUGAGCCAGAAACCCGGGGAAUAAAACACAAGGAGCCAGGAACUGAGAGAAUAACCAGAAACCUGGAGAAUAAAACACGAGGAGCCAGGAGAAUAAAACAUGAAGAACAAGGAGGCCUGAUGAAAGAAGAAAGGCAAGAUCUGAAUGAGGUGCAGGAGGAAUAUCAGGAUCAGAAAGAUCAUGAUGUCAAUGGAGAAAAAUCAGUGAGUUCCAGCCUUAAAAAAACAGGAGUCAAAAGGCCUUUUAUCUGCUCUCAGUGUGGAAAUAGUUUUAAACAUAAAGUAAGCCUUAAGAACCACAUGAAAAUUCAUACGGGAAUAAAGCCUUUCAGCUGUUCUCAAUGUGGAAAGAGUUUUACAUGGAAAUCAUGCCUUAAGAACCACAUGAAAAUUCAUACGGGAAAAAAGCCUUUCAGCUGUUCUCAAUGUGGAAAGAGUUUUACAUGGAAAUCAUGCUUUAAGAACCACAUGUUAAUUCAUACUGGAAUAAAGCCUUUCAGCUGCUCUCAGUGUGGAAACACUUUUGCACGCAAAGAAAGCCUUGAGAUGCACAUGUUAAUUCAUACUGGAAUAAAGCCUUUCAUCUGCUCUCAGUGUGGAAAGAGUUUUACACAGACGGGACAACUUAAGAAUCAUUUGGUAACUCACUCUUCAGAUAAACCUUUCAGCUGCUCUCAGUGUGGAAAGAGUUUUAGAUAUAAAGUAUGCUUUAAGAACCACAUGUUAAUUCAUACUGGAAUAAAGCCUUUCAGCUGCUCUCAGUGUGGAAACACUUUUGCACGCAAAGAAAGCCUUGAGACGCACAUGUUAAUUCAUACUGGAAUAAAGCCUUUCAGCUGUUCUCAGUGUGCAAAGAGCUUUACACAGAAGGGUAACUUAAAGACUCACAUGUUAAUUCAUACUGGGUAAAAGUCUUUCACUUGCUCUCUGUUUGGAAAAACUUUUACACAGAAAGGACAUUGCAAGGUUCAUUUGGUAACCCAAUCUUCAUAAAAGCCUUUCACCUUGGGGAGUUAAAGUAAGGGUGUACUCACACUAGCCAGUUUGAACCGUGCCCGAGUGCGUUUGACCACCAAAGCGCAGUUCGUUUGACUAGUGUGAGUGCUCCGAAUUGUGCCCGGGCGCGGCUCGAUUAGCCGGCCCUGGCCCGCUUGGAAGAGGUGGGCCAGGGCACGGUUCAGUUGGACUCGGGCGCGGUUCGCAUGCAGUGUGAGCGCUAACCAUGCCGGAGCACGGAAAAGGACGCUUUGCAUCACGGUUUUGCGACGCUCCAAAACCAACAUGGCAGGGAAAGGGUCGCUUUGGUCUACGGCAGAGGUGCAAAACGCAUAAAAACUAAAAACUGCAAAGUCGUGAAAAUUUUCGCGCCACUAAGGCGACACAUCUGUUUAACAACAGGCUUUGAGAGGGCUGUGGACCAAACGACACAAAAUUAUCCACAAAGAAAACAGAGCGAUGGACUCGAUUGUGUUCAGAGAGCGCCGCUCUUCCUGUUUAUCCCGAAACUGUUGCACCAUAAUGACGUAAGCGUGCUCCGGCACGAAUGCUGAAACCCUUUAUGUGAGUGCAGGCCAGAGGGGGAGUGGGGAGGGGGGACAAUCGUACUCAGGCCCGGUUCAUGGCAACCGUGCCUAGUGUGAGUACACCCUUAAUGACUGUUUUUCUGAAUGACUGUCAUCAACUGGAUCACCUCAAGGAUGUGUCCUCUCCCCCUUAUUUAUGUUGUUCACAAAGACUGUAAGAAUAGUUUUAGAAAUAGGCAUAUUAUAAAAUUUGCUGCUAAUUCUGUAAUCGUUGGCUUCUUGAGUGAGGAGUAGGGCUGUAGCAGUUAAGAAAUGUCCCCUGCGGUUAUUAUGAGUGGCGGUAUUACCACCGGGUUUGUUUUUUUUUUUACAUAAUUUCUCCUGAUUUUGCUGCAUACAAAGCUCUAUCGUUGAGUUAUGUAGCAUACCGGUAUAUUGUUGCUUUUUUAACUGACAUAGAGACACGUUUUAAAACAUUUUUGUUUAUUGUUAAAUGCCAACAAGAACAUGAAUUUACCAAAAAAAAUAAAUAAAUCAAAGAGUUCUAACAUGUAUCACACAUGUAUUUGCGCACGACUUUGGAGGGCAGCGGAAAUCUAGACUGAUUAUCGCGCCACCACUGGCCCACCAGGACACUGGAUUCGCGUGGAGUCAUUCCUCAUGCGGAUAGCGUGUGAGCUCAUUAUCUGAUCACGCUCUCUUGGGUAUGGGUACUGACGCGGAGGUUGUCCGUGACUUCAGCAGGUAUGCCUGUUACUUUCACGGCUGUAUUUUACAGAUUUCACAAAGGCUUCAGCUACUCCUGUCGGCUGGUCUCAGCUGUUCUUUUUGAUGUUGCUCCGCGACCUGAUGCUUGAGGGGGCAGCUGCGCUGGAUGACAGGGGACACUCUAAAAUGCUUACUGUGAAAAACGCUUAACAUGGCUAAAUGUACUAAGACAGUGAUAUUAACAGACCAAACUGACCAAAAAUCAUGCUAAUAAAGUAUACCAUCUAUCAGCGUUUCCGCUAGAAAAAAAAUGGAGGUUUCAUUUUCAGGACAUUUUGAUGAUAUGCCGGUCAAAUAUCGCCUCUUAAUUAGUCAAGUUGAGGAAAACUGAAAGCAGUUUAUGUAACUUAAAAAAUGACAUAAUCAGGCCGUAUAUGCAACCUUUUUAUUAGCCUAAUUUUCAAAUAGACAGAAAAAGAAAACAUGAACGUUGGCGUCAAUCAACCAAUUGUUUUUUACUAUGGUUUCACAUUUCAUAGUUUAACAAACCAACCCCCCUUCCCCACAUAAAAUAUCCGAAUAUAGCAUUGUUUUUACUUAAGCAAACAGUCUCAUUUAGCUGGUAACAUUUAAAUUGGCCACCGUGUGAAAUAACUCCUUGUCAAAUGAACUUGAACCAACAAAUGACUAGGCCUAUAAUAUUGUCUCGCGUCAUUUUUGGCUACUUUUUACGCUUUUUUGCUGUGCUGAAUUGUGCAGCUGCCGACUUAAAAUCAAAACUUCCCAGUGUCUACACAACUUGCAAUGCGCAUAAGCCGCGUAACCUUGUUCUCCGCAAGGCGACUUCGCUGCUUCGUCUUGAUCCGAUUCUGCAGCGAGAACCCCCUCUCUGCAGGAACACUCGAGACAGGGAUUACACAGGCUAUCUUGGCGAGCUUGGUCCACUCUGGAUACAUUUAGUUGAAAUCACAUAUGAGAACUUCGCAGGCUGUGGAGAAAUGCAAUCCUCCAUAGCCACGGAGCGCUGACAUGACAGCGAGGGCAUCACGUCGCAGGCUUACGGUAUCAAUAAGAGGAGCGGUGUUCGCAGACUCAAGGCUUGUAAAAUGGCAAAUAAUCCUUCUGAUCGCUGGUUCUGCACAUUCUUGGAGAGCUAGAAGAUAAUAUAAUAGGUGAGAACGAUAUUAGAAUUAUAGGCCUACAAAAGAAUGCUGCGUUUAUUAUAAAUAGGCAUGUAUGGGUCAUUCUGUGGAAAUGUCCAUUUUUCUGUCCCUAGCCUUUACAAAAAUAUUACACUUAAAAACAUUUAGGGUUACAGUUUAUUAACAUUUUUAAAAAUAAAACUGUUAUUUGAAAAAUUACUCCUUCUUGAGCCAUCAAUAGGCUAUUUGAUUUUUAUUAAUUUUAUAGAAUUCCCAGAAGUGUUUGUCCCCACAGGGAAAAUGCUUUUUGAGGCCAAGUUUUUACACCAUUUAAAAUACAAUAAUAUAGGCUAUACAUAACUAUCAAAUAUAUUAAAUAUUAUAUUUAAACUAUAAAAUAUAAAAAAAAAAUUCUGUCACAUUAAAUACAAUGCGACAUGUGACAUGAUGAUAAUUUUACAUCCAUUUAAUUCUGCUACACUCAAAAGUUAAGAUUUAAAGGAUUGCAUCAUUAAUUUCAACUGGUUUUCAAAUAGUUUAAUUGUAACCUCAUUCAAGCACACUUUUAACAAACCUGAUUAAAAUAAAUAAAACUAUUCAUGGAGUAGGUAUUGAGAGUGUUUAACAGUACAAGUAUUUGGGCACUGUGUUGGAUAACAAAUUUUUAUUUUCUUCCAAUACUGAGGUUUUGUGUAAGAGUGGGCAGCAAAUAUUGUAUUGCUUGCAGAAACUAAGGUUAUUUAAUGUGGACAAAACAUUGAUGUGCAUGUUCUACAGAUCCUAUAUUGAGUUACUGUUAUCUUUUUCACUGUUGUGCUGGUUUAAUUCUCUAAAAGUGAAAAACAAUUGUCUUGAUUGUAAACCAGGGAAGUAAAAUAACUUUUUAUCCCUUCAGUUGUAAAGUUUAUAAAUUUAAGGUAAGAACUUUUUAGGAAGGAAAUGUAUUGUUUUUGUUGUUUAUGUGAAAUGUUUGAUUGCUGCAACCAAAUUGCCUUUGGGAAAUAAAUAAAAUGAACUGAACUGAA